AAGCGUGAGGAGAAUUCGAAACUCGAAAUGUUAGAAGGUGCAAAAUCAAUAGGUGCAGGAGCUGCUACAAUUGCUUUAACGGGAGCUGCUAUCAGUAUUGGAAACGUCCUUAGUUCCUCGAUUCAUUCCGUGGCGCGAAAUCCAUCAUUGGCAAAACAAUUAUUUGGUUAUGCCAUUUUGGGCUUUGCUCUAACUGAAGCUAUUGCAUCGUUUUCCCCAAUGAUGGCCUUUUUUAUCUCAUUCGUAUUCCAAGUCCGUUAGUAAUCGUUUACGGUGGGUGGAUAAGCAGGAGGGGAUCCCUGUGGUUAGACUAACUGGCCGAGAAGGUUAGCGAGGUGCCUGCUAUGGUGAAUUGAAAGAUCUUUCACUAUAGUGGGAAGAAGACAGGUGGGAGCGAGCGGAGCGAGAGCAAAGCAAGCUCCAGUGGUGGGUUGUCUUCGCGGUCCCAU